AUGGCUGAAACGCACACUCUGUAUUAUUCCUUGAAGAAACUGUUAUCUUUCUUCAACGGCAUUUUGGCUCUCUCUGGUGUGGUCCUCAUCAGCCCAGGCAUCUAUGUAAAUUUCAGGGGGGCUGUCCUGACGAGGGUCCUCGGGCUGUCCUCUGCAUACCUGUUGCACGUUGGCUACCUGUGCCUGGCGAUGGGCUGCAUCACGGUGCUGCUUGGCUUUGCCGGGUGGCACGGAGCAACCGAAGAAAGCAGAGGCACCCUCUUGUUUUUUUUCUUGGUCAUGGUCAUCAUUCUCAUCGUGGAAAUCGUGGUCGCUACAGUGGUCCUUGUCUUCUUCCCAAUUCUAAGAGAUGUGGCCUUAGAGCACAACUUUGUGACCCUGAGGAAGAAUUACAGAGGUUACAAGGAGCCAGAUGACUAUUCCAUGGAAUGGAAUUUGGUCGUGGAGAAGCUAAAGUGCUGUGGAGUGAAGAACUACACAGAUUUUUCUGGCUCCUCCUUUGAAAGGAUGACCGGCCACACUUACCCCAGGGGCUGCUGUAAAUGCAUCGGGACUGUGGCCUGUGACGGGCGCAAUAUGUCUGCAGAUGUCAUCCAUCAGGAGGGCUAUUUCCCUAAGCUCCUGAAAAUAACCAAGACUCAGAGCAUCAACCUGAGUGGGGGCUCUUUGGGGGCAGCAGUGAUACAACUGCCUGGAAUUCUUGCUACCUUGCUUCUGUUCAUCAAGCUGGGCUGA